CAAAGGUCCUGAAGCAGUCUGGGAUCCAGAAGAACUCCUCACAUGGAUCUGACUGGUCACAUGUUGUAUACGUCAUCAAAGGUCCUUAAGCCUUCUUGGAUGUGACAUCUGCGCUGCAGCCUGUGAUUCACUAUGUCAAGUAAAGAAGUGAAGGCUGCACUGAAGAGUGCCAGGGAUGCCAUCCGGAAUAAGGAAUACAAAGAAGCUCUGAAGCACUGUAAGGCGGUGCUGAAGCUGGAAAAAAAUAACUACAAUGCCUGGGUUUUCAUUGGAUUGGCCGCUUCUGAGCUGGAGCAACCAGACCAGUCCUAUGGUGCCUACAAGAAGGCUACAGAGAUUGAACCAGAACAGUUGUUGGCCUGGCAGGGGUUGGUAAACCUGUAUGAGAAGGUCAACCAAAAGGAUUUUAAGGAAGAUUUGCCAAAUGUGUAUCAAAAAUUAUUGGAACUUUACAAAAGUUCUGACAAGCAGAAGUGGUGUGAAGUUUGUAACAAGUUGGUAGAGCUGUAUCAGCAGGAGAAGAAUUAUCUACAGGCUGCACGUACAUGGCAACAGCUGAUCAAGAUGAAGGAGGAUGAAGACAUCAAAAAGGAUGAACUUUACCAACUCUGGAAAAAGUUGACCCAACUACUGGGAGAGGAGAUAGACCACCAAGACACUGAGACCCAACAGUUGCUAUUAAAUGCAUUUGCCAACGCCCUCUCCUGUCUGGACGAGAUACCAGCAGAAGAACAUAAAGAACUUUGUCAACAGUACAUUCUUUGCUUGUCCAAGCUGCCACAUGAAGAGACAAAACUGAAGGAGAUGUGUAACAGCAUGGCUGCCACCUACCCUUCUUCCUGCUAUCCCUGGAAGUACUCGGUUUUGCAUUACAUCAGGUCUGGGGACGUCAGCGAAGAAGCUGUCGAGUGUUAUAAUAAACUUGUUGAAAUGGAGCCACGCAGUGGUCCUGGUCUCAUCGGAAUAGGAGUCAAAGCUCUACGUGAUAAAAAGUACGAGAAGGCAGCAGAAAACCUUUCCCAAGGAGUCCAGCAGGUGAAGUCAUGUCCUAGUAGUGCCUGGUACUUUCUUGCAGAAGCUCAACUGAAGAUGCACAAACAUGAAAAGGCCACUUUAUCUUGUGAACAAGCCAUCAAAGUUCUAUCUCAGGAUGAUUUAGCUCGUGGAGACACUCAACAGAAGGAUUGUGCUCUUGGAUUGAAAGCACAGGCUUUGCUGGAAUGCACAGAUAUCGAUCACUCUCAGGAGAUACUGAAAAUCCUGGACCAGGUUUCCAAUAAAGAUGAUGAUCCAGUUAUUAUUGCCCUGAAAGGGAAGGCAUAUUUAAAGAGGGGAUCAUUAGAAGAAGCAUUUAAGGUUUGUAGAGAACUCCACCAGACGUAUCCUGACUUUGCAGAAACGCAUUUUUUGGAGGGUCAGCUGUAUUACACCCAAAAGAACUACGUAGAGGCUGAGAAAAGUUUUCUUACUGCCAUUGGGAAAAAUCCAGAGAUUGCAGACUACUAUUUCUACCUUGGUUUAACAUUUUGGUGCAUGAAUGAAGAAACCAAGCGAGAUAAAACAAAAGCAGUUACGCAGUUCUUGAAGGCUGCCAAACUGGACCCCUAUAUGGCAAAAGUAUUUUGUUACUUGGGUCAUUACUACCUAGAAGUAGCUGGAGACAAGACCAGGGCUCGUGGGUGCUAUAAGAAAGCAUUUGACUUAGAUGGCAAUGAUGGAGAGUCAGGAGCCAAAGCGGUGGAUCUAAGUGUUGAGCUCAACGACAUGGACGCGGCAUUAGCCAUUUUGUCAAGUGUAACCGAGAGAGCGAGCGCAGGAACGGCAAAGUGGGCUUGGCUUAGGAGAGGCCUCUUCUAUCUAAGAGUUGGUCAGCACUCCAAAGCUGUGUCUGACUUGCAUGCUGCUCUGAGGGCCGAUCCCAAGGACCCCAACUGCUGGGAGUGCUUAGGAGAAGCGUAUCUGAGUAGAGGGGGCUAUUCUACCGCGCUCAAAUCCUUUAUGAAAGCCAGCGAACUGAAUCCUGACUCAAUCUAUAGUGCAUACAAAAUUGCAUCGAUCAAACAGAUCCUGGGCACCUAUGCAGAAGCAGUAACUGAAUACCAGCAUAUAAUACAGAAGUCCGCAGAAUAUGUGCCAGCACUGAAAGGUCUCGGUGAAUGUCAGCUUAUGCUUGCCAAGGGCGCCCUUGCUGAUUUCCUUGAUGCCAAAGCUGUAGAUUUCAUAGAAAAGGCUCUUGAAUAUUUGACAAGAGCUGUUCAGCAGCGUCCUGACCUUUUAUGUCUGUGGAAACUUCUUGGAGAUUCUUGCACCUGCUUACAUCUGGUCUCUCCCACCAAAGUCAGAGUUAAUGUCCUAGGGGCUCUUGUAGGGCAGAAUACAGGUCAGAAGCUACUGAAUAAAUCUGAGAUCUUGGAAAUUGGCGGAAGGUGUUAUGGUCGAGCACUAAAGUUACAGCCCUCAGCCAACAUAUGGUGUGAUCUUGGAAUGAAUUAUUACUACCAGGCACAGCUUUUACUGCUAUCUGACCACACCAGAAGUAACCAAAAUGCUUUAUUGGAAAAGUCAGUGCAGUGCAUCAAGAAGUCGAUCAUGAUGGACAGCAGUAAUCACCAGUACUGGAAUGCUCUCGGUGUUGUUUGUUGUUCCAAAGAUGUCAACAACAAGGCCCUCGCUCAGCACGCUUUCAUCAAGUCGAUCCAGUGUCAGCAGAAUAAUGCCAUUGCUUGGACUAACCUUGGAGCUUUAUAUUUGUUGAAUGAAAAUAUUGAGCUAAGUCAUGAAGCUUUCAAAGUAGCUCAGUCCCUCGAUCCGUCGUAUGUGAGAUGCUGGAUUGGUCAGGCGCUGAUUGCAGAAGCUGUCGGAAGCUACGAAACAAUGGACCUCUUCAGGCAUACAACGGAGAUUACUAUGCAUACUGAGGGAGCAAAGGGAUAUGCCCACUGGGUCUGUGUGACCCUCCUGGAUAAAAGCAACAGGAAGACGGAGCUUUACCGCUAUAACAUUGUUCAGAUGAAUGCGAUCACUGCUGCUCACCUAGCCUUAAACAAAUACACAGAACGAAUACAAAGUGACUCAACAGCAUUUGGCAUGCUGGGAUAUUUAAAUGAACAUCUCAAAUUAAAGAGACAAGCAAAGGACGCUUACGAAAGAGCCUUGUCAAUUCUUCGAGAUACAGAAGACAAAGAUCAUUAUAAUCUUGCACUUCGAGAUUAUGGACGGUCACUCUGUGCUGUAGGUCAGUAUGAUGAAGCCAUCAAAGCCUAUAAGUCUACGCCUCUGACAGCGUUUGAGGACCUCACUGGGCUGGCACUUGCGUACUUCAAAAAAGGCCAUUUGCAAGAAAGUUUCAAAGUUUACAAGACAGCAUUAUCUGUUGCCAAGACCGAGCAGGAGAAAGCACACAUCCUCACCGCCAUGGCCAUAAUUGAGUACAGCCUGGGGAACCCUGAAUCCUCCAAAACACUCCUGUUUAAAUGCUCUGUAUUAAAGGAACCCAGCAUGGAAAGCCUGCACGCUCUGUGUGCUUUGGGUCUGGCUAAGCGUGAUGUAACGCUGGCAACAGCCGCUCUUAAUGAGCUUCUCAAGCAUGUUAAAAUGGAUUAUAAUGCCUAUGAGAGGUGCCUUAUUACAUCUGCCAUAUAUGCUUUACAAGGCAGGAAUGUCGCUGUGCAGAGACAGGCCUGCAAAGCUAUCCACAGCCAUCCAGGGAAUCCAGAGUUGUGGUCUCUGUUAUCAAGGAUUGUGCCUCAGUAUGCUCCCAGGAAUGCCAGGGGUGGAGCAGCUGCCGGGAUUGUUGCCCAUUCACUUAACCUGAGUCAAGCAAAGACAUCGCUGCUGUACACGGGAGUAAAUGAAUUAGCCGCCGGGUGUCUAGCAUCUGACGACAAGAAGCAGAAUGCUCUGAAAACAUUGCAAAGAGCUGCACAUUUCUUUCCAGAUAACCCUGCAGUAUGGGCUGGAUUAAUGGCAGCCUGUCAAGCAGAAAUUACUUCUUCUUACAUUAAUAAAAUGCCUGCCCGAGGCACGGAGUGCAAUAUAACAUUUCUGGCAUCUGUGACGUCGAAGAUUGAAAGCGCAAGUAAAGUUCCUGCUAGUUACGCCCAGGCCCUGGAGAGCUGGUCAAUGUAUCAAGCCAUCUCUUCCCUGAAGGAUCAGAACAAGCUAUCUGAGGCUGAGGCUCUUUGCUCCAAGGCAUUACAGACUUGCCCGGAUCAAGCCUCCUUGUUUCUGCUGUUAAGGCAAGUUCAGUUCAAGCAGCUGCUCCAAUCCAAAACUCCAUUAUCCGAACCUGUUCUGGAGGAACUAAAGAAGACCGUGAUGACUAACCCAAAUUCACAAACUGCCUGGCAUUGGUUGGCUGAUGUUUACCAGUGCCAGGGAAUGAUGAUGGAAGCAGAGAUGUGCUACCGGAAGGCUUUACAGCAGGCAUCUCAACAAGGAAACUGGAGUGGGAAACUAUCGAGUUUACUGCGAUUAGCCCUUCUUGCACUUAAAGUUUGUAUGGCCAAGAUUCCUGAUACACGUUGGCCAGCUCUUCUGCAAGAGGCUACAAGUGAAGCUUUGAAGAUGACCUCUUGCCCAUUAGCCAUUCUUCUUCAAGGGAUUCUACAGUUCAGCACAAAAGGGUCUCGGAAAACCCGACAGCUAUUGGAGAAAGUGGUUUAUCAUGCAGGAUGCAGUGAGACUGUUGCCUCUGUUGCUCGCUGGUAUCUCUUGAGGCAUUUACAUGCCAAAAACGAUGAUCAGUUAAUAGAAGUACUUUUACAAAAUGCCAAAGUCCAUGAAGAUGAGAAAGUUCUUGAUCUCCACAAACAACUAUCCAAAGGUUCAUAGACAUCUGAAGAGUAUACAGAUUUCUGUACUUCUAUUAUCUACCGGGAUGUAACCUUUGUGAAAUGUCAGUCUAUUACUUAAUAAAACUUACAGCA